UCUUUUAUCUAUACGGCAUUUGCGGCCCGGUCUUCGGGGCAGUGUGUCGUUUAGGAAUUAAGGCAAGAUACUGUUUUUUUUUAAAUAAAAUUGUGGCAAAGGUCCAUCAACAAAAUAAAUAACAAGAUGAGAAAAGGAUUUGGAUUGCCGAUUGUCUUUUGCUUGUUUCAUCUGGUGAUCUCUCAAAAGAACUGUACCACGAUACGUUUACCGAAGGGUUUAAAGCUGGGGGUGGGUUCAGCUGCCUUCCAGAUAGAAGGAGCUUGGGAUGCUGCAGACAAAACUCCCAGCAUUUGGGACAACUUCUCGCGAUCCAGCGGAGUGAUCAAGGACGGAUCAAAUGCGCAAGAUUCGUGCAAGUCCUACGAGUACUACAAACGGGACGUUGCCAUGGUCAAAUACCUUGGCGUCGACUUCUACAGAUUUUCCAUAUCGUGGCCACGCGUUCUGCCUACAGGAUUCCCAAACAAAAUAAGCAAAGAAGGGUCCGAGUAUUAUAGUAAUUUGAUCGAUGAAUUGCUAGCGAACGGUAUUGAGCCCGUUGUGACGAUGUUCCACUGGGAUUUGCCGCAACGUUUGCAAAAUUUAGGCGGAUGGGCAAAUCCUCUCAUAGCAGAUUGGUUUGAAGACUACGCCGACGUGUUGUUUGAUCUUUACGGAGACCGAGUGAAGACCUGGAUCACUAUAAAUGAGCCCAGGCAAAUGGGAUUGUUCGGUUACGGAAGCAACAGAUUCGCACCGGGAAUAAACGCUCACGGCAUAGGAGAGUAUUUGGCCGCCAAAAACAUUGUCAUGGCAAAUGCUAAAGCAUGGCGUUUGUAUGAUAGAAAGUACAGGCCGAAACAAAACGGUACCUGCAGCAUAACAAUAGCUACAGACCACCGCGAAGGUAUAACGGAUUCUCCCGAUGAUAUCCAAGCCGCUUUGGACGCCAUGGAUUUCGAAGUCGGCCUCUACAGCCAUCCUAUAUUCACCAAAAAGGGCGGCUUCCCAGACAGCGUGGUCAGAUUGGUGGCAGAAAAGAGCAAAGAACAAGGCUACCUAGAAAGCAGGCUGCCAGAAUUUACUGAAGAAGAAAUCGAGUUUGUUAAAGGAACAAGUGAUUUCUUCGGAUUCAACCACUAUUCCACAAAGUUCGUCUCUCGCAAGAGCUACAAACCGGGAAUGUAUCCCAUACCUUCGCACGAUGACGAUUUGGGCGCGUUUGGGACAUUGUUGGACUAUACGCCUGCUGUUGUACCCCAUUGCACUUCUAUCCCAUGGGGAGCACGAAAGGCAUUGAAAUGGGUGAAAGAAAACUGCGGUAAUCCUGACAUAAUGAUCAUUGAGAACGGUUUCGGGACCCACGGCGGGUUGCAGGACAACGACAGAGUCACAUACCUUCAAAGCUAUCUGUUGGAGAUCCUGGACGCUGUUGAAAAAGACCAGUGCAAUGUCGUCGCUUAUACUGUGUGGAGUCUGAUGGAUAAUUUUGAAUGGGACAGCGGAUUGAGAGUCAAAUUCGGAAUAUUCGAAACCAAUUACGACGAUGAGAAGAAAACACGGACUCCGCGAGCCUCCGCGUUUUGGUAUAAGAAUCUGGCAGCGACGAAAUCUUUAGACUGUGAUUUUAAACCUACUUUUAAAAAUAUACAAUUUUAAGACUG